AUGUCAAAAGACCAAUCCCUCCUCCUCCCAGAUGGCCGCACCCUCAGCUAUACCACAUUCGGCAUCACCCCACAACCGAACCAACCAACAAUCUUCCACUUCCACGGCCUCCCAGGCUCUCACCACGAAGGCCAACCCGUCCACGAAGAAGCCGUUAAACGAAAUUUCGGCGUCGUCGCCAUAACGCGCCCGGGCUAUGGCGGUUCAACCUUCCAGCCCAACCGCACAAUCCUCUCAUUCCCCCAAGAUGUCCUUCACCUAGCAGACCACCUCGGCAUCCAGCGCUUCGCCGUACUGGGAAUCUCUGGCGGCGCUCCAUACGCCCUCGCAUGCCUUCACUCGAUCCCAGCACCGCGGCUCGCCGGUGUAGCAAUCGUCUCCGGAAUGUUUCCAUCGGAGCUGGGUCUGAGCGGCAUGAUGCUCAUGAACCGCCUGCUCUUCAACAUUGCGCCGUGGUCGCCGGGACUCAUCGAGGCCAUUGCCGACUGGGAAGUUGGGAAUCUCGCUCGGGACUCUGAGCACCCGGAAAGACUCGCCCAAGCGACGGCUGAUGCCUUCAAGAAUCGUCCGGUUGAGGAUCGGGAAGCGCUGUAUGCUGAUGACGGCAAGAUCUUGCAGGUUUUGGAGCAGAGCACGCGCGAGGCAUUUCGUGAGAGUAGUCGUGGAUUUGCAUGGGAAGCGAAACUAUUCGGGAGUCCUUGGGGUUUUGAGUUGAAGGAUUUGGUUGUACAGGAAGGGAAGCUGGUUUUCUGGCAUGCGGCCAAGGAUGUCAACGUCCCACUACGGAUGGCCGAGGAGGCGGCGGGGAUUAUUGAAGGUGCCGAACUCAGGAUUGUUCGAGAAGAGGCGCACAUCAGCUUGAUCUCACGUCGGAUUGGGGAGGUAGUCGACACUCUUGUAGGUAUGUCGGAGGCAUAG